AUGGGUAAACCGAAGUAUGAGUUGCCGUCGUUGACGUUCCCUUAUAAGAUCAGCCGGCGGCUCAACCUGAUGAGCUUGCCUCGUCGGUACAUCAUAGAUACAGGAGAGGGGAUGCCAGCCUUCACGUCCACUGGAGUACGGAACUCUGCACUCAGAGGACAUAUCACUGAUAGAGUCAACGACGCGGCUUGGCCGUGGGUCCGUCGUCUCAUCAUGCUCAAGCGCACGUACAAAAACAAAUUCCACCCAGACCGUCUGGAAAAGCUGGAUCGCAUGAUCGAAGCUUCGAACGCGACCAUGUACUCGAAAUUGGCCAACUGUAUGGUGGAUCUAAAGAAGCAGGAGCCCAAAGACGCGAAGAAGAAACGGGGAUGGACAGAGAGCGAGUGGAAGAAGCAUAUGGACUACAUUGGGCAGAUCGCUGGCCCGAGGAAGGAGUUCCAACCGCCGCCUGUUAAGAGAGGAAAAAGCAAGCCACUGGACCAACUGCUGGGGAAUCUCAACCGUUUGGCGCAGAUCCCAGAAUUUAAGGUAUACAGACGACUAUCAGAAGAAGAGUGGUACAGAGAUCCCACUAAGGUGUCACCCAACGCUAUGAAAUACGUAAUAUCGGACAGAGUUAAAAAACUGGCAACCCCUAGGGCUCAACCGGCGGCUGACUGAGAUACAAGAUAGGUGAAAUCACCGGCCUAUACUUUACACGAGUUUAAGCUGUAUAAAGCUCUCAUACACAGCUUGAGCCAAAAGAGAACUUUGCCGAUAAUUCAACAUGACAACUGACAAGUGUUAUAUUUAAUAAAAAAAACAAAAAUACCCGAACGAGGCGUAACGAGAACGUAUUUAGUGAUACCGUCUAAAUAUCUCAUUUUUGGGUAUUAUAAUUUUGUAAAAAUGAACAAGGCUAGCCUCUCCGAGAGCUAUAACGCUGUAGAAACAAAAAAAAAUGCUUGGGAUCAAAACUGGAUACUUACCUCUUAACACCGGCCCAAGAAAUUUAUAGAAAUGGCUACUAAUCUCUCGGAAAAGUUGCUUGCCAAUAAAAGUAAAAACUUAUAUAAAACGAUGCUGAAGAUCUUUUUAUAAAUGUAAUUGCAAUAUUACAAGUCGGAAUUGGCAACACAGAUAAGCAAUCCAAUCAAGAAUAGCAAUUGUUACAAAUGUUGCCUGUUCCCGUUUGUAAAUACUGCUAAACUUUUUAAUCUCAUCCCAAUAUAUAGGAGCAAUGGCGCUUCGCGAUUGGUAUUUACAUUUGGUGUUGCCAAUUUAAAUUUGUCUAUUGUAAUUAGCAGAUUUACAAAAGUGACUCUAGUAAUCCGUAGUUUGGAAUGCAAGCUAAUUAAUUACUUGACGACAUAAAUCAAUAUUAAACUCUUGUACU